AUGGAGGAUGGCCGAGUGACAAAGGGACUGGCUAGCCGCCUAGGUACUGUGGAAGAAGAGACGACAAAUCUGAGCGAGCAGGUUUUGCAAGAUCAAGAAACGCACUAUUGUGAGACCGUGGAGCAGCUAAAACGUAGUACACAACAAUUGGUGGAAGACAAUGAGUUUUUGUUUGAAGCAGUGCCGCAGGGUGCCGAAAUAGACCCCAAAAACAUUUCUAGCCAUAUUGCGGACCUUUCACAGUUUAUGGAUCGACUGAAAAACACCCAUUUGGAGCAGGAAAUGCUGGACAAUUUUCUGCGGUACACAAUUCCGUCUGGGGACAUCUCGCAGCAAAUAAGCUCGUCGCAAGACGAAAUCUACGUGUCGCUGGAAAAAGACGUGCAACAUCUGCGAGAUGAGGUCAUCACAGAACUGGAUUCCGAGGUUGAACAACUCAGAGCAGAAAUUGGCGAAACGAGCCAAAAAAUAGCAGACCAGCGUGAAGUGGUCAACGAGCUGUGUCUGAAUACUGGAGAGCUUGUAGAUGAGUGCCGCGUGCUUUUGGAAGAGCUCGAAAAAAGUGGUGAUCUGAAUGUUGCAGAGUCUGAAAAAGCUGGCAAUCAUAAUGACGUAAGCGAUGCAGCGUCCCCGGGAGCCACUAUCCAACAGCUGCAGUCUAUCAAGGAAAAAAUUCAAGAAAAGCGUCAUUUGGAACAACAAAUGGGACAUCUAGAGAGCACGAAAACGUCGUUAGGCGCGAUUCUGAGUUCUUCGAGUGAACAGGAUGAGAAGCGUUCUGUGAAGAGCUACAAGGCAUAUCAAGCGCUAAUUGAGUACUGGCAAAGCGAAUUCAUCAACCAGGAUAUUCGAAAUUUGGAAAUAUUUCCUAAAUCCAACAGAUGUCAGUUCACAUAUCAUAAUGUGGAGGUUGUUGUGUCGCUGGGGGAUAUGGGCAUAUCAAAGAUUGAUCUUUAUGGAAGUAGUAUACCGCCUGAAAAUCUAGAAACUGCUCGAAGACAUGCCAACAAAAAGUACUUCCAUGAAACCCCGUUGCACAUUCAGUUCAAUAACGUUUUAAAUAUUAUAAAGGAAAAUGCGACAAGUGUAUAA